AUGAAAGAAUCAGCAACCUACACGCACGGCCACCACCCGUCGGUCCUCCGCUCCCACACCUGGCGCACAGCCGCCAACUCCGCCGCCUACCUCCUCCCCCACCUGCGCCCCGACAUGCACAUCCUAGACGUCGGCUGCGGCCCGGGCACCAUAACCGUGGACCUCGCGCGCCUCAUUCCCAACGGCCACAUAACCGGCCUGGAACUCGCCCCCGCCGUCCUCGAGCAAGCCCGCGCCCUAGCCGCCUCCCACUCCCUAAUAAACAUCACCUUCCAGUCCGCCGACGCCAACGCCCUCCCCUUUGACGAGGGCACUUUCGACCUCGUCCUCUGCCACCAGGUCCUCCAGCACGUGCGCGACCCAGUCCAUAUCCUGCGCGAGAUGCGCCGGGUCGCGAAAAGAGGCGGGCUCGUUGCAGCCCGGGAAUCGGAUUACGCGGGCUUCGUGUGGUACCCGUCCACGGCCGGGCUGGACGUCUGGCGGGAUACGUACCUGACGGUGUGUAGGGCGAACGGCGGGGAGCCGAAUGCGGGGCGGAUGGUGCAUGCGUGGGCGAGGCGGGCCGGGUUUACGCGGGAGCAAAUAAAGUGCAGUUCGAGUAAUUGGUGUUAUAGUACUGCUGGCGAAAUUCAAUGGUGGAGUGGGCUUUGGGCGGAGAGGACAGUGGCGUCGGAGUUUGCGAGGACGGCGAGGGAGAAUGCGGGUGUUGAGGGGGGGGAGUUGGAGGGGAUUGCCAGGGCGUGGAGGGCGUGGGGGGGUGAGGAGGAUGCGUGGUUUUCGGUGCCUUCGGGGGAGGUAAUCUGUGUUAAGGGAGUGGUUGACUGA